GAAGCGAGCUUGUUGUGUGGCUAAUAUAUUCUGUAAUCAGUCAACUUUCGUAGUGUUUAAUAGGUUUUUGGUGUGUUUCGAACAGUUUCUAGUUAUAUUCAUUCAGUGUAACAGUGACCGUGUUCGCAAGACGUAUAUUCACAUUUUCGAAGGAGAAGUAAUAGAAACACCGCUACGCUAGCACAAUGAGUUCCCACGGACUAACCGUAGGAUUCCUUGCGGAAAUCAUGCAAGGUAACGAGCUACCCAAUCCGGUGGUGCAGAUCCUUGGCUCGAAGCGUAUUGCCGGCAGCGGGGAACAAUCCGAACGCUUCCGGUUGCUCAUAUCGGACGGGAAGUCUCUGUACAGCUUCGCCAUGCUUGCCACGCAAUUAAAUGAUUUGCAAAAGCAGGACAAACUGCCGCAGUACACCAUUAUCAGAAUCGAUCGCUACACCACCUCGGUCGUGAACCGGAACGAGAAGGGAGAAAAGCGGGUGUUGAUUAUCGUAGAGUUGACCGUCUUGAAGGAGGGCAGUUUGGUAGGUGAAAAGAUUGGUGAUCCGCAACCAAUAACGGACACUCCGACCCAGUCGACCAACAGUGGUUCGUCCAUGCCGGCGUCCCGUCCGGCGGAAACAAUUGGCAACGGCAGUAUUAGCAACGGGUCGACAUAUGGCAGCGCGAACCGAUCGAUGUCCGCGAGCACAGCACCGACCGCCUCGAUCGGGGACUCGCUUACACAUCCCAUUUCGUCGCUCAGCCCGUACCAGAACAAAUGGGUCAUAAAAGCACGCGUAAUGUCCAAGUCGGGCAUCCGCACUUGGAGCAAUGCGAAAGGCGAGGGUAAGCUGUUCAGCAUGGACGUGAUGGAUGAGUCGGGUGAGAUACGGAUCACCGGAUUCAAGGAACAGUGCGACAGAUACUUUGAAAUGAUCGAGGUCGACAAGGUGUACUUCAUCUCCAAGUGUCAGCUGAAGCCGGCCAACAAGCAGUACUCGAGCCUGAAGAACGACUACGAGAUGACGAUGACAAACGACACGAUCGUGCAGGAAUGCAAGGACGUGGACGGUACGAUGCCGGAGAUACAGUACAACUUUGUGCCGAUAUCCCAGAUCGGCAACAUGGAACCGAACGCGAUGGUGGACGUGGUCGGUAUGUGCAAAGAGGUGGGCGAUGUGCUACAGUUCACUGCGAAAACAUCCGGCCGGGAAUUGCGAAAGCGCGAGAUAACGCUCGUGGAUGCGAGCAACGCCUCCGUCCAGCUAACGCUGUGGGGCGAUGAUGCGCAAAAUUUUCCCACCACCACGAACCCGGUCGUAAUGCUGAAAGGGGCCCGAGUGUCGGAAUUCGGCGGUGGCAAAUCGCUCGGACUGAUCGGUGGCAGCGUGAUGAAGCUUAAUCCGGACAUGGAGCAGGCGCACAAGGUGCGUGGAUGGUUCGAAAACGGCGGUCGCGAGAUGUCGGUCAGCAGCGUGUCGGCACGUACGGGCGGUGGCGCGGCUGGCAUGAACACCGAGUGGCUAUCGUUCCAGGAGGCAAAGGACCGAAAUCUUGGUGCCGGCGAUAAGCCCGAUUACUUCCAGGUGAAGGCAAUGAUACACACGAUCAAGUCGGCCAACGCCGUGUACAAAGCAUGCCCGCAGGCGGAAUGCAACAAGAAGGUGAUCGACCAGGAGAAUGGACAGUACCGGUGUGAGAAGUGUAAUGCCGAGUUCCCGAACUUCAAGUACCGGCUGUUGGUGAAUAUGCUCAUCGGUGACUGGACGUCUAAUCGCUGGAUAACGGUGUUUACGGAGCUGGCCGAGGAGCUGCUGGGCAAAUCGUCGCAGGAAAUUGGUAGUAGCCUCGAAUACCAGAAGGAGGAAGCGGAAAAGCUGUUCUCAGCGAUCAGCUUCAAAUCGUUCGUGUUCAAGCUGCGCACGAAGGUGGAGUACUUUGGUGAGCAGCCGCGUAACAAAACGACAGCCGUUAGUGCAGCACCGGUGAACCACAAGGAAUACAACGCACUGCUGAUCAAGAGCAUCCAGGAGCUGACCGGCGUGGGAAAGAACUAACUGGCGGCCACAGUUUCGUAGUCGUAAAUUCCAUUUUUUCUUUCCCUUUAUAUGAUAUGUUUUCUCUUUCUUAAAGUUAAUUUAAAACCAACAAAACCACACUUAUACACAAAGAAUAAAAAUGCUCAUCCGCUACUCAUAAGUCAUUGUUGAGUAUGAACCGGUUGCCCUCGGAUUGUGCGCCAACGUACCGGUAACGGCAUCGCCCGUACGCGCCCCGAUGAUCACCGACCUCGCGCAACGUUUCCGGCAGCGGGCUGUACACGGGCAUCGUUUUUCGGCGCAGUCCCAACCCACUGCUGACGGUCGUGUACAAAUGCUUCAGCGUGUUGCUCUUCCGGAUCGUUUGCUGCUGUUUUGCCGUCCCGGAAAC